ACACCAUGGCGGACACCCCCGGGCGGAUCGACGCCGCCCUGCAAGAACGGGCCCGGCAGCAGCAGCAGAACCAGUUCAUGGCCUUUGUCCAGAGGUACGGCGUCAACGUGCUCUUUCCCGCGAGGGUGGUGCCCAAGGCCAAGGGCGAGGCCGGCGAGGCAAAACCCGUCAAAACCAACAAGGACCUGGUCAAUGCGAGGCUGCUGGAGAACGGGAUCCUCUUCGAGAACCUCCAGUCCCUCCCGCAGCUCCAGGAAGGAGUCGCCAGGUCCGUGGAGAACCUGAUGCGGACCCAGGCCUUUAACUCGGUCCAGAUCGAGCUCGACACAAAGCAGAGCAACGAGCCGCAACCAGCAUCCGGAGACGAAGACGAAGCGCCARACCGGCCGGAAUCCGCGCACACCCACUCGCUCAACGUGAUUCUCGACGAAAAGAACUGGUACUCUCUCUACAUUGGGGGGGGWGUCAAGCACGAGGGCAUGGAAGAGGCCAUGAACUCCUCCACCAAACUCCCAAAGGCGCAGUUCGAGUCCAGCGUGACGCUGUCCAACCUGACGGGAUACCUGGACCGCUCGUUUUUCCAGUACACCGUCGACCAGGCCGCCAACGCCCGGGUGCUCCUCAGCCACGAGCGGCCCCUCUACAGCUGGUUCCCGGAGGACUCGCAGGCGGCGUAUUCCAUCGUGGGGCUGGGCAAGGGCUCGCAGUACUCGCUGGGCUUUCGGGCCYUGAUCGACACGGUCGACUUCGAAUCGAGCCGUUCCUACCAGGAAUUCCAGAGGUCCCUCGGCUGGCGCCUGGACAACACCGGGAACGUGGGCCGGCCCGACAUGGCMCCCGUCACGGGGCCCGGGGACUUCUACUGGGGCCUCGACUGGACGCUGGGGCUACGGGACAUUGUGCCCCGCAAGCACGCCGAGCUCCCCUACGCGGCCGACGCCUCMCCGGAGAUCGUGGUGCAAUCGGGGCCCUCUCUCCUGCACUCCCUGAAAUGGGAGGCCCGGACCAACGGGUCCGGGCUCGACGACCGSUACCAGCCAACGAUCGGUGUGGACGCCCACGCCUCGACGGAACUGGCGGGGCCCCCCGGGGACGUUGGCUUUUUCAAGGCCCAGGGGGGGUUGGCCAUCCAYGUUCCCCUCGACGGGGACGUCGACGAACUGGGAAACUACACCCCUCCGGAACACCCUUCCUGGCUGGACCGCAUAUCCGUCCACGCGACGGCGUCCGGGGGCCUUCUCCGGCCCCUCUCCUUCGGUGGCCUCUGCCGGUCGCCCACCAUCUCGGACCGCUUCUUUGUGGGCGGCCCCAUGCAGCUCCGGGGGUUUUUGCCCGCCGGGAUCGGUCCCCGUUCCGCGAAGGGSGGAUCGACCAGCCCGGGGGGCGAUGCCAUGGGGGGGAGCCUCUUCUACACGGCCGGCCUCUUCGCGAGCAUGGCGCCCCCGCCCGGGAGCCUCCUCGACAGCUACGGGCUGCGCUUCUUUGGCUUUUGGAACGCGGGAACCCUGGUGGGGRUCUCCCCCCUCACCCCGCACCACCCCGGCAGGGCACCGAAGGGACACGAGAAGCUUCCCCCCGUGCCGACCUGGAAGCAGGUCGUCCAGAGCACGCGGACGGCGGUGGGCGUGGGGAUCUCGGGGGGGACCCCCCUGGGGCGGAUGGAGGUCACCUAUGCCUUCCCGCUCAGGUACGGGCCCUCGGACGCCCGCCGGAACUUUCAGUUUGGCUUUGGAUUCAACUUUGGCUAGCUGGCUCGGCUCGGCUCGGCUUGGCUCGGCUUGGCUUGGCUUGGCUUGGCUCGGCUUGGCUCGGCUUGGCUUGGCUUGGCUUGGCUUGGCUCGGCUUGGCUUGGCUUGGCUUGGCUUUGGUGCCGGAUCGAAACGAACCACGGGGAGCGAGCGAGUCGCCGCGCGAGCCGGUGUCCGGCAGAACCCGGGUGCGUUCCUUGGCGCCGGAGGCCGGUCGCUCUUUCGCGUUUUGGGUGAAACCGAGCUUGGCUUGGCUUGGCUUUGGUGCCGGAUCGAAACGAACCACGGGGAGCGAGCGAGUCGCCGCGCGAGCCGGUGUCCGGCAGAACCCGGGUGCGUUCCUUGGCGCCGGAGGCCGGUCGCUCUUUCGCGUUUUGGGUGAAACCGAGCUCCGGGUUCGAUUCGUAGAAGCAGCAGCAGCAAGCUUUCCAAUCUCCGUGAGCACGAUGGGGCUUUCGCGAUUGAAACACUUAGUUCUGUAAACUAGUAGACAUUGGAGAAUGCCUUGGAUGUAGGUCGCUUUGAAAUCAGCUGGUGGUCUCGUUGAAAAGGCGCAGUUGAAAAGAAAGAAAGCAGUGCUGUACUUGGAACAGAAUUACUGGCAGUGGUACUAGCUAGUACUACUACUAUGUAUUUCACUGAGCAUCAAUACUAAAUUCAAAUAAGAGCACUGCCAAUCGCUACUAGUAGAACKUAUUGAUGGCAAGCACUACUAAUAGUAUUGAACAAUUAAUUGGUCUUGCUUUU